CAGGAAUCUCAAUACAGCUUCUAAGGCUAGGUGAGACCCGUCCUCUGCCAUAGAAGGGCACUUUUUUGUUUGUUUGUUUUUGAGACGAAGUCUCGUGCUGUCGCCCAGGCUGGAGUGCAGUGGCACGAUCUCGGCUCACUGCAAGCUCCGCCUCCCGGGUUCACGCCAUUCUCCUGCCUCAGCCUCCCGAGUAGCUGGUACUACAGGCGCCCGCCACGACGCCCGGCUAAUUUUUCGUGUUUUUAAUAGGGACGGGGUUUCACCGUGUUAGCCAGGCUGGUCUCGAUCUCCUGACCUCGCGAUCCGCCCGCCUCAGCCUCUAAAAGUGCUGGUAUUACAGGCGUGAGCCACCGCACCCGGCCUCAGGGCGCGCUUUUAAGGAGAGUUCCUGACCUGACGGUGGGCUUUUCCUGCAGAUGCGCCUCUGGGUAGCGCCCUCUUUACAGCCUUGAAACCUGGUCAACUACAUUAACUACAUUACUCAGAAAGCUCUGCGUUGAACGAAUGCCGUCAGAGCCAAUGAGGGCUCGGAAAGAAGCAUUUCCGUGUGUGCGCCUAAUGUAGGGCCGAAACUUCCGGGGUCCUCUUGUAGCGGCCACGUUGAUCUGCGAUACUCGUGUUUGCCCAGUGAGUGGCCCCGGACUGCUAGGUGGGACUGCAGUGACUGAACCCAGAAGGUGGAGAGGAACCGUCCUCGGUGCACAGAGGCGGCUCUGCAGCGAGGUGACGGCGCCUGCUGCUCCCGGGCUGUGCUUUCCCCAAGUAGUCCGAUGGCUGUGGCUGCGCCAAGGCGCCCUGCUCAGAGAGGCUCCUGAGCGCUAGGUCGGCACUGCAGUAACUGAAUCCAGAAGGCGGAGAACAGUUGCCCUCUGCUGCACAGAGGCACUCUGGAGCUCUGUGACGGCGCCGAGGGUGACCCACCCCUGGGCCAGGAUAGGGACCGUCAUGCCCAUAUCUCCUGGCUGGUCGCCCUCUCCUCCCAACCCUGCUUAAAACCACGUGGUUCGAUGGCGAUGGCGGCCACGCUGAGGCUCUCUGCUCAGGGCACAGUGACUUUUGAAGACGUGGCUGUGAAAUUUACCCAGGAGGAAUGGAAUCUCCUUAGUGAGGCUCAGAGAUGCCUGUACCGUGAUGUGACCCUGGAGAACCUGGCACUUAUGUCCUCCCUGGGUUGUUGGUGUGGAGUGGAAGAUGAGGCGGCACCUUCUAAGCGGACUAUUUAUAUACAAAGAGAGAUUCAGGUCAGGACUCCUAUGGCAGGUGUGUCUCCCAAGAAGGCCCACCCCUCUGAGAUGUGUGGCCCGAUCUUGGGAGACAUUUUGCAUGUGGCAGAUCAUCAGGGAACACAUCACAAGCAGAAACUGCACAGGUGUGAAGCCUGGGGGAAUACAUUGUAUGACAGUGGAAACUUUCAUCAGCACCAGAAUGAGUACAUUGGAGAGAAACCCUACAGAGUGAGUGUUGAGGAGGCAUUGUUUUUGAAGAGGUGUAAGUUCCAUGUGUCAGGGGAGUCAUCUGUCUUCAGUGAGAGUGGGAAGGACUUUUUGCCCAGGUCAGGAUUACUCCAGCAGGAGGUCAGUCACACUGGGGAGAAGUCAAACAGCAAAACUGAGUGUGUGUCUCCCUUUCAUUGUGGGGGAGCUCACUAUAGCCAUGGAGAGUCCAUGAAACAUUUUAACACCAAACAUAUACUCAGUCAGCACCAGAGGCUUCUCCCUAGAGAAGAAUGUUAUGUAUGCUGUGAAUGUGGGAAAUCCUUUAGCAAAUAUGUUAGCUUGAGUAAUCAUCAGAGAGUUCACACUGUGAAAAGACCUUAUGAAUGUGGAGAAUGUGGGAAAUCCUUUAGCAAAUAUGAUAGCUUGAGUAAUCAUCAGAGAGUUCACACUGAAAAAAAACAUUAUAAAUGUGGAGAAUGUGGGAAAUCCUUUAGCAAAUAUGUUAGCUUCAGUAAUCAUCAGAGAGUUCACACUGGGAAAAGACCUUAUGAAUGUGGAGAAUGUGGGAAAUCCUUUAGCAAAUAUGCUAGCUUCGGUAAUCAUCAGAGAGUUCACACUGACAAAAAACAUUAUGAAUGUGGAGAAUGUGGGAAAUCCUUUAGCAAAUAUAUAAGCUUCAGUAAUCACCAGAGAGUUCACAGUGGAAAAAGACCUUAUGAAUGUGGAGAAUGUGAGAAAUCUUUUAGUCAAAAGAGCAGCCUCAUUCAACAUCAGCAAUUUCACACUGGAGAAAAACCUUAUGGGUGUGAAGAAUGUGGGAAAUAUUUUAGCUUAGAAGGAUAUCUUAGGCGCCAUCAACAAGUUCACACUGGAGAAGGACCUUACAAGUGUGGAGAAUGUGGGAAAUCUUUUAGCUCAAACAUGAACCUUAAGAGCCAUCAGCGCAUUCACACUGGAGAGAGACCUUACAAGUGUGGAGAAUGUGAUAAAUCUUUUAGUCGGAAGCCCAGCCUUGGUUACCAUCAGCGCAUUCACACUGAAGUAAGACCUUACAAGUGUGGAGAAUGUGGGAAAUCUUAUAUUUCAAAGGGGCACCUUAGGAUCCAUCAGCGCAUGCACACUGGAGAAAGACCUUACAAGUGUGGAGACUGUGGGAAAUCUUUUAAUGAAAAAGGACACCUUAGGAGUCAUCAGCGAGUUCACACUACAGAAAGACCUUAUAAGUGUGGGGAAUGUGGGAAAUGUUUUAGUCACAAGGGUAACCUAAUUCUACAUCAGGAUGGCCAUACUAGAAAAAGGCCUUAUAUGUGUUGGGAAUGUGGAAAAUUAUUUAAGAAGAAGUCUCACCUCCUCGUACACCAGAGAAUUCACAGUGGAGAAAAGCCAUAUGCAUGUGAGGCUUGUCAGAAAUUUUUUAGGCACAAGUGCCACCUCACUGCACACCAGAGAGUUCACACUGGAGAAAGGCCUUAUGAAUGCAAUGAUUGUGGGAAGUCAUUUACCCACAGCUGUGCAUUCAUUGUUCAUAAGAGAGUUCACACUGGUCAGAAGCCUUAUGAGUGCAGUGAAUGCGGGAAAUCUUUUGCUGCAAGCUCCUAUCUCACUAGUCACAGAAGAGUUCACACUGGUCAGAAGCCUUAUGAGUGCAGUGAAUGCGGGAAAUCUUUUGCUGGAAUCUCCAGUCUCACUAAUCACAGGAGAGUUCACACUGGAGAAAAGCCUUAUGGGUGUAGUGAAUGUGAAAAAAAAUUUAGGCAAAUCUCUUCACUUCAUCAUCAUCAGAGAGUUCAUGAAAGAAAGGCCUUAUGAGUGUAGUGAAUGAGUCCAGUCUCAUUAAAUACAGGAGAGCACACACCUGAGUAAGAUCUUGUGAUUGCAGCAAAUGUGGAAAAUGUUUACCCAAAAGUCUGCUCUCCUUGGACAUUGGAGAGUUCACACCAGAGAAAAGUCCUUACAAGUAAAAUAAAUUCAGCAGUUUUGUAGCCACACCUCUGUAUUCCUUCAGGAUUAUAUUUAACACUGAAUGAAGGCCUUACUAGUGUGGCAAAUAUAGGAUAUUUAUCCAGAAGUCUGGCUUCAAAACUCACAGGAAAGCUGUCACUACAGAAAUGCCUUUUGAGUGUAAUGUUUGCAAAAAAGCGUUGUGCCUUCUUUCAUUGAAUCCUAGAACACUGAGAUAAGAAAAACACUGUAGAUGUAUAGGUUAGAUAUAUAGGGAAUGUUAUUAUUUUAUCCUUUUUUUGGAGAGAUGGUCUCACUCCAUCACCUGUGCUGGUGUGCAGUGCUGUGAUCGUAGCUCACUGCAUCCUCCACCCCCUAGGCUCAAGUGAUCUUCCCACCUUAGCCUCCAUGUAGCUGGGUCCACAGGCAUGCACCACCAUGCCUGGCUAUUUUCUCAUUUUACUAGAGAUAGGGUUUUACCAUGUUUCCAGGCUGGUAUCAAACUCCUGAGCUCAAGCAAUCUGUACACCUGAGCCUCCCAAAGUGCUGAGAUUGUAGGUUUGAGUCACUGUGCUCAGCCAAUUAUGUUUUUCUGUGUAACAUGGGAGGAGAUCCUUUGAGGGUACCAUGUGCCCAAAUUGAAAAAACUCCAGGCAUGAGGCAUCUGUAUUAUAUUUUUUACUAUGCCCUGUUAUCUUACUAGACUUAUGUGACUGCCACUUAUCUGGCAAAAGCCAUUACAUCUCAGCUACUUGGUAGGUACCCACAUUGCAUCAUUCACCUAUUUUGUAUUCCAGAAGUAUAUUUUGGUUGUCUCCCAUUCACAAGGAAUUUUUUUUUAAGUUUUUUAUUUGUUUGUUUGGUUGGUUUUUUGGUUUUUUUGGUUUGUUUUGUUUUUUUGGAGACAAAGUCUCACUGUCGCCCAGACUGGAGUGCAGUGGUGUGAUCCUGGCUCAUUGCAACCUCUGCCUCCCGAGUUCAAGCAAUUGUCCUGUCUCAGCCUCCUGAGUAGCUGGGAUUACAGGCAUCUGCCACCACACCCAGAUAAUUUUUGUACUUUUAGUAGAGACGGGGUUUCACUAUGUUGGUCAAGCUGAUCUUGAACCCCUAACCUCAUGAUCCACCUGCCUUGGCCUCCCAAAGUGCUGGGAUUACAGAUGUGAGCCACUGCUUCUGGCGUUUUUUAAAUUUAUAUUUUUUGUAGAGACAGGGUCUUGCUGUGUUGCACAGUCUGGUCUCAAACUGCUGGUCUCAAGUGAUCCUUCUGCCUGGCUUCCCAAAAUGUGGGGAUUAUAGGCAUGGUGUGAGUCACCAUGCUGGGACUUUUUUAUUUCUUUAAUUUUUAAUUCCAGAUCUGGUCACAGAAGGAUUUGUUGAGUAGCCUCAGCACUUCUUGCUUUUUCAUUUCUUUCUGAUAAGUUACACCAUGGACCUUCCCCAUUUUUAUCCCAGAGGACUCUUGUGCUGACUUGAAAAGAUGGACUAUUUCAGCUAAGCACGGUGGCUCAUGCCUGUAAUCCCAACACUUUGGGAGGCCGAGGUGGGUGGAUCACAAGGACAGGAGUUCGAGACCAGCCUGGGCAAUAUAGUGAAAUCCUGUCUCUUCUAAAAAUACAAAAAUUAGCCGGGCAUGGUGGCGCACCUGUAGUCCCAGCUACUCAGGAGUCUGAGGCAGGAAAAUUGCUUGAUCCCCAGGAGGUAGAGGUUGCAGUGAGCUGAGAUCAUGCCACUGCACUCCAGCCUGGUUACUGCUACCUUGAAGGACAACAUAGCUAAACUCUGUGGCUCAAGGGACAGCAUGAAUGCAGAAUAUAGCUUUCUUCACUUGUGGCCUAUUUGCAUAGCUGCCCAAGGCCUCCAAUGGAUGACUUCAUGGCUUUGUGGUCUUCAUCUGUAGCAUGGAUACUACAGAUUGUGGGUUCAUAGGUCAGCUGGGUACAGGGCAGUUUUUAUAACAACCUCUGGUGGGUUUUUUAUUUUAGUGUCAAUACCACACUGAAAGAUUGGUGAUUUUUUUUGAACCAGACAAAAUUCUGUCUUAUGAGGUAUAUUGCAUUGUGCUCAGUACUGUUGAGGGAACUCUGUUCAGCAGAUCUUACAAGGCACACAUGUGCCCUGAUAUCCAGAAUUCUGUAGGGCAACAUCACAGGUUGUAAGGCUAUAGGGUGAAAUUAUAAUUUUAUGGUUACUUAGUUACUGCAUUUACAGUCAGCAGAGGGGACAGCAAUAAAGUUUUUGAAAUAUAUCUUUUUUUUUUCUUUUUUUUUGAGACACAGUCUCACUCUGUCACCCAGGUUGGAGUGCUGUUGCACCAUUUCAGCUCACUGCAACCUGUGCCUUCCGGGUCCAAGUGAUUCUCCCACCUCAGUCACCCAAGUAGCUAGAAUUACAGGUGCAUGCCACUACACCACUAAUGUUUUGUAGUUUUAGUAGAGACGGGUUUCACCGUGUUGCACAGGCUAGUCUUGAAUUCAACUCUUGAGCUCAGGUGAUCUGCUCACCUCUGCCUUCCAAAGUGCUGGGACUACAGGUGUGGGCCACUGUGUUUGGCUGAAGUGUAUGUCUUUUAAAGGAGUGUCCACAGUUAUCCAGUCACUAUAUCUCUGAUGGAUAAGCAGAUACAGAAAUUCUCAGGACUUCCAUAAUGAUGAAUGUUGUCUAGCUAAGCUUUGGUCAGAGGAAAUAAUCUAAAGGUUUUGUGAAUUCAUGUAAACUUUUGGGCUGCUCACCUUAAGGUAACUCCUGUAUUAACAGGAGGAACAGGAUAGGGAAAAAGAUCUCAGUUCAGUGAUGUAGCUUUGUGACCCGCCAGCGAUCCAGUUCAAUCAGGUAGAAAUGACCAUACUGCUACAUCAAUAUUUGCUUCUAUGGAGGCUAGUUUCCCCACUUAGGGCAUGAGAAGAAUUGGUAGAGUCAACAUAGAAUUGCCAAACCUGUCACCAAAAAUAAUGGCAAAUCUGUAUUUUUCUCUUAAACCAUAUUAUAAAAGCUGUAAUAAGGUAUAGGCUGAGCAUCAUGGGUCAUGCCUGUAUUCCCAGCACUUUGGGAGGCCAAAGAAGGCAGAUUCCUUGAGCCCAGGAGGUUGAGACCAGCAUGGGGAACACGGCAAAACCUUGUCUCUAGGAAAAAUAGCCAGGUAUGGUGGCAUGUACCUUAGUCUUAGCGAUGUGGGAGGAUUGCUGGAGCCUGGGAGGCAGAAGUUGCCGUGAGCCAAGAUUGCAACACUGCAGUCCAGCCUGGGUGAUAGAGUGAAACCCCAUCUUAAAAAUAAAAUAAAAGAUAUAAAUGACAUCCAAUAAAGUACACAUAUUUGAGCUGUAGGAUAAGUCUUGAAUUUUAUUAUAAUCCCUUGAAACCAUCAUCAGAGUAACAAUAAUGAAUUUAUCUAAUCUAUCACCUUUGUAUUUACUUGGAGGCUUUAUAAAGUUUUUCUCUCUGCUCUCCAAACAACCAUUGAUUUACUUUGCUGUAUGAUAGAGUACUUUCCAUUUUCUGGAAUUUUCUGACUGAUGUAAUAAAGUGUUUCCUCUUAUAA